UAGAAAAAUCUGGAACUUAACGGCUCCCGUUCUCCUUUCACUGUCUCCACUGACGACAAUGCUAUAUACCUAGUUAUGCUCACAGCGUUUCACGUCCUUCUUUCCAACUUAUUUUCAGAAUCUUCUCUCUCCCCGUAAGCCACAAAAUUCCAUCAAAGUUUACUACUUUUUGUGCCUACAACAACACUAAGUUGCCGCUGAGCCGAACCACUACCACCAUCACCGACUGCUUCUUGUGUCACUAUGUGUUUGCAGGACGCCGAGCAAGUUGGCCCCGAUAUGGAAAACCCAGAUGAUAGGAGGUCUUGGUCUUUGCAUUGUGACCUCAUGAAUACCCACAUGGAAAAGGAACCUCCUUUUAGAACUCCCGGCGAUCGGAGUUUCAGUGUUGGGAAUUCAUUUCCGCUGGAAAGCAUAAAUGAGGACACAGUGAUUGCAGACAAAAAACAGAACCAGAUGAACUUUGUCCCUGCUCUGCGAUCUGGAGAGUGUUCAGAUAUCGGAGCUCGCCCUUACAUGGAAGAUACUCACAUCUGCAUUGGAGACUUGGGAAAGAAGUUUGGUUGUGAUGUACUCAGUGAGGAAGUUAUUUCCUUUUAUGGGGUAUUUGACGGACAUGGAGGGGAGAGUGCUGCAGUGUUCGCCCGCGAUCAGCUUCCAAGAGUUAUUAUUGAGGAUGCUGAUUUUCCUGUGGAACUAGAGAAGGUGGUCACCAGGUCAUUUUUACGGACAGAUGCUGAAUUUGCAGAGACAUGCUCUCUUGGGUCUUCCUUGUCCUCUGGUACAACCGCAUUUACUGCAAUUAUUUUUGGGAGGUCUUUGCUUGUGGCCAAUGCUGGAGACUGCAGGGCUGUUUUGUCCAGACGUGGAAGGGCAAUAGAAAUGUCCAAAGAUCAUAAGCCAUUAUGCAUGAAAGAGAGGAAGAGAGUUGAGUCCCUCGGUGGAUUCAUCGAUGACGAUUAUCUGAAUGGCCAGUUAGGUGUCACACGGGCGAUAGGCGACUGGCAUCUCGAGGGCUUGAAGGAAACGAGUGAAAGAGGAGGACCCUUGAGUGCUGAGCCAGAACUCAAACGAAUCACACUGACCAAAGAAGAUGAGUUUUUGAUAAUUGGAAGUGAUGGAAUCUGGGAUGUUUUCAGCAACCAAAAUGCUGUAGAUUUUGCAAGGAGGAGGCUUCGAGAACACAAUGAUGUGAGACGAUGCUGUGAAGAGAUGGUGGAGGAAGCCAUAAAGAGAGAUUCAACAGAUAAUUUAACAGUUGUGAUGGUGUGUUUUCACUCAGAACCACCGCCACCAGUGGUGGUUGAGAGGUCGAGAGUUAAGAGAAGCAUAUCUGCUGAGGGACUUCAGAAUCUCAAGUCCUCCUUAGGAGGAUAGGAUAUUUUUUUGGUCUGUGAUAUAGCUGAAUUUUUUUUUUUUGGGAGAUGCGACUGUGUAAAUAUAUUAAUUUAUCACACACACAAAAUAUGCCUCCCCUGCAUCUCCACAUGAUAUGAAUGAUGUUCACCCUGUAUUUGAGACUAUUCUUUCCUGUUAAUGGGAAGGCAUUGAAAAUGUAAUAAAAUUCAUAGAGCCUUGUGAUUA